GGCUGAUCUCUCCUCCGCCGUCGCUCAGCAGCUCAUUCGUCCAUUCGCGUGGUGGUCCAACAUAACCUGUGGUUCAGCAGCAUGCUUACUCGAAGAAAGAGGAGAGUGAGGAUGCCAUCACGAGCAGUGAUCUGUGCAGUCAUCCUUGCGCUGUCCACCAGCGGCAGCAGUGCUGUCAACAGGCCGGCCUUUCAGCCACCUCUUCCCUCUGAAUCAAAACCACAGCUUGCCACGCUCAAGACGGCCGCCGCGCGGAUCAAGCAAACAGAUGCUGCCACGCCAGAGCAGCCGCGGCCAUCUCAACGGCAAGGCCUUCAGCUGCGAGACGAAGAUGGCAAUCUCAUCGACCCUGUCACCUCUGCCGGCUCAUCGCCACUGCCCUCGAAGAAGGCCAGUGACAUCCUCCCACCCCGUCUGUACAGCCCCCUCUUCACGUCCUUGUUCCUUGCUGCCGCCGUACUGCCGUCCAACACCGCUUUCGACCCGUCUGGCUUUAUCGGUCCCUCGGUGAUAGCGGCUCUGGUCUUCUUCCACGAGCUCGGCCACUUUAUCGCAGCGCAGCUGUGUGGAGUAGCCGUCAAGGAGUUCGCUGUUGGCAUCGGCCCCCCACUCGUCUCAUGGUCACCGCCACCCAGCCCACCAGAGGAGCCGCAGACGCCAGGAGUGACCGUCAGACCCCUGCGCACACUGCGCCGGAGUGACCCAUCGUCAAAACCCAGUCGGCAGCCGGCUCCCUUACAGAGCGACAGCGAUGAGGGGUGGCGGUGGGGCGAGGGGACGAAGUGGUCGCUGCGGAUGCUGCCGUUCGGUGGCUACAACAUGCUGAGCACGGCGUGGGAGCAGAAGGAGGACGGCAAGUUUGUCCUCCUGCAGAAGCCAGAGCUGUUCGAGAACAAGUCGGCUCCCGAGAAGGCGCUGGUGCUGCUGGGGGGCAUCCUUGCCAACUUGGCUCUCGCGUGGGCGUGCAUCACGGCCGGUGUGGCCUGGAGUGGCGUGCCAUCUGUGACGCCGGAACCGGGGAUCCAGGUGAGUGUCAGAAACACACACGUAUACCGACACGUUGUUUGUGCCUGUACUUCUCUCGUUUGUCUGCGAGUGUGUCCCAUCAGAUUUUGAAUGUCCGUUGUGCUGGUGAGGUUUCCCAGUCAGCCAGGAGCAGCAGCGUCGACGUGCAGCUGACCGACAAAGGCGAGCGGUGCCCUGCUGCCGAGGCGGGUCUGAGGCCAGGCGACGUCAUACUCCAAGUGGGCGACCUGAAGAUCCCCCCCGCCAAGCCGAUCCCCCAGGACAGCAGGAACAUCAUCACCAAGGAGGUCAUUCCGAGGAUCGAAAAGUCAGCCGACGAGCCCCUGAGGCUGCUCAUCUCGCGAGAGACCAAGGCGCCACCAUCAGCCACAGCAGCAGCAGCAGCGACAGACGAGCGUCCAUCGUAUCCCGUGUUGCGGUCGUCUCUGUCGUCGAGUGACAUCUUUGAGGUGUACGUGCAGCCGCAGACCAGGAGCAAGGUGGUGGGCGGCACCACGGUGCAGUACGGCUCCGUCGGCAUCGACAUGGUCCCCAACAUCGUCUUCAGCUACAGGCGGCCCGAGUCGCUCUUGGAGGUCAUAUCCAUCGGCACCAAGGAGUUCUGGAUCGCCACCAGCACCGCAGCACAGGGCUACUUCCAGUUCUUCACACGUAUGCUCACAUUCACCCCCGACCCGUCAGUGCAGGGGCGGCUGGUGGGGCCGGUCGGCAUCUCUAAGCAGGUCUCGGCCGUGAGCAAGACCGACUCGGCGCGGCUGCUGCCCUUCAUUGCCGAGCUGUCGAUAUCUCUGGCGAUUCUCAACCUCAUCCCGCUGCCGAUUUUGGACGGCGGGCAGCUGGUGGAGCUGAUCGUUGAGACGAUCCGCGGCAAGGCCUUCGACCCACGCACUAAGGGGCGGGUGAGGGGCAUUUUUAUCGUCGGAUUCGUCGUGCUGGCCCUGCAGACACUCGUGUCAGACAUACUGGCGCCAUAGAGGGUUGGUGGAGGGUGGGGAGGUGGGGGCUAGCUAGAUGUAUGUGUGUAAGAGAGAUGCAGAGAGCUGUCUUUUUCGGUGCAGCUGGGGAGCAGGCAAUUUUCGCACAGCCUCCUCAUUGCAUGAUGAUGGCAUCGAUCGAUGCGUUCAGGUAGGCAGACAGACACAGACAGACCCCCUCACUGUGCGGUUCGGUUGUCGGUCGGGGGGAGGGGAAAUGAGCAUUUUUGUCACUGACUCGCAGAUUCAUGGCUGAUGUAGAGUUUGUGCCGUGGGUGGGUGGGUGAGUGUGGCAGGCGCUGCCGAGGGAGGGGGCCGGUAGGGAGCUGUUUUGAGGAGGGGUGGGUCGCGUGGUGUGCAGAUCUAUCUUCGUGGGUGCAUGAUGGAUGUGUCAGCUGCGGUAGCACAAAGACACUGUGUGGACGUGUGAGUGUGUGACUGCAAUGGACGUGUUGAUCGAGUGAAUGGCCUGCAUGCAUG